AACCCAGACAUGAAGAUUGGUGCUAGUGAAUGGUUGAUAGCCAACAUAGACAUGAAGGGCUUUUAUAGAGUAAAUUAUGAUUCUGAAAACUGGGACCGUAUCCUCACCAAGCUGAGCACCCAACAUCAGGAUAUUCCAGUGAUCAACCGCGCUCAGAUUAUUGACGAUGCAUUUAACCUGGCAAGGGCGAAGAUAGUCAGCACAACUCUGGCACUGAGCACUACGAGGUUCCUCGACGCGGAAUUGGAGUACAUGCCCUGGCAGACUGCCACUCGCAACUUGGACUACUUCGUCCUCAUGUUUGACCGCAGUGAAGUGUACGGACCCAUGCAGGCUUACAUAAAUAAAAAGGUCACCCCUCUAUUUAAACACUUCGAAGAUCUCACUGCCAACUGGACAAAGAUUCCUGAAAAGCACACCGACCAGUAA